GUUGUUGGCGACCGCGCAGUAGCCCUUUGAAAAUCCUACGGGGAGGUGCAACUCCGUUUUAUUCACACGAUUUCGCUCUCCAUCCCCGCAUUUGUAACGUUUUAUCUCAAUAAAUCACGAUUUUGUUCCCAUAGAAAACGCGGGUUUUUAUGGGAAAUUAAACCCGAUGAAAAUGAGGGAUUCACCAAGAAAAAUAAUGAAGAAAAAAAUAAAAAUGGUGUUGAUUAUUAAUUGAAAUUUAAAAAAUAGAAAUAGCGAGAUGAACUUGUCGCAUCAAGAUAUGACUCUAACAGGUCCUAAUGCAACUCGACCACCGGAAAUUUACCGAUUCGUACCCGGAAUGACUCAAAAACCACAACCGGAUAAUAUUAUAACUCGAACCACAUCAUCCCCAGGGAAGAUAUUUAAUGGAACCGGAUUUUACAUCGAAGAUGAUACAGAAAUUGGAUUUAAUGAUCUUCAAACGUUAUUUUUGGCAUGUUUCGCGACGAUAACCCCCCUAAUUUUGACGGUUAUAACAGGAUUUGCAAUAAGGUCGUUGUGGAGGCGCUACUCGAAAAGAAGCGCCGAUAAAUUAUAUUCGGAUGCGGUCCGGAACGAAAGCAGCGUUGAGAGUGUUUCUCAACCACUUCAUACUCAUCUUUUUAAUAAUGAUAAGAGUACCGAAACUCAUCUAACGAUCGAAACGGCAGAGGAGAUUUGCGAAACUGCGACGACUACCACGAAAAAUUCGCUUCAAAACGCGAAAACGAAUCAUUCGAACACCAACGGAAGCAUCAUCACGAUGACGUUAAAGAAUAACCAUCUUAUUGUGGAAACUGAAGAAAGAAACGAUCUUGAAGAAGAUAGCAGAGCGACUAAAAUGAAAUAUUCGCCAAGUGCAAGAGAUGGCGUUUUCGUGGUGGAAGUACAACAAGGUGUGAGAAGAAGUCCCGGUUCGGGAAAUCUUCCGGUGAUUGCCGAAUCGGAUCAAACAGCUUUAAUACACGAUCCCCCAUCGAAGUACGACGAAGAAGACGAAGAAGAUUACUUGGAUUAUCCGGAAACGACUUCGCCCGUCAACACAGAAAACCUAAUUCAUAAUCAAACCGGUUUGACACAGUCGAAUCAAAGUCUCUCGGAGUUUUCUUACGUUUAUACGAAUCAAGUUGAGUAUACAAAUGGUGGCAGCGACGGAGGGAUUAAAAUAAAAAAGCCAGAAAAAAAUACAAAGCCAAAAAUAACGUCGGCUAUCUUUAAAAGUAUCGAUAGCAUGAAAAGUUUUGAAAUGCUUUCGGAUGAUUUGUUAACGGAGUUGAUUAUGCCUAAUAAUUCGAAGGGGUCUUCAAGGGAUGAUGACGAUUCUAUACAGGAAGAACAAAAUAGGUUGGGAAAUUACGAUCCUAAUGUUCCUGCGACAAUUAGCGAAACUGAUAAAUAAAUUUUAUCGUUAUGUA